AUUUUUGUCUGUGUGUAGAAAUGGUGAAGACAUCGUACGUCGUAUCGUAAUUUGUCACACGUCUGAUUCUUUGAUUUGAAGGCGGAAGCCGAGGAUAAUUUUGUUCCAACUGGAUCGCGACUCGUAAGAAUUCUGGUGAUAAGUGCGAAAAUUGAUAUGUCUUACUGUGAUAAUUAAGGAAAAACGAAGCGCUACAACCAUUUGGCCGGAUCAACAUCGUUUCCUGUGCAGUGCAAAUCACCCGAAAAUGUUCUCGCCGAAACGUUGUUUACUCGCAACGUUCAUAUUCCUGCUUUCGAUAACAUUCAGUACGGAAUUCUAUUUACCGGGUCUUGCGCCGGUCAACUAUUGUAUAAAGUCGGAGUCGACGGAACCAUGCAAGUCCGAAGUUAUUCUCUACGUCAAUCGGCUUAAUACAGAAGAAUCGGUGAUUCCGUAUGAGUAUACGCAUUUCGAUUUUUGUCCCAUAAAAGUGGAAAAUUCUCCCGUGGAAAAUCUUGGACAAGUUGUCUUUGGCGAACGCAUACGACCAGGUCCAUACAAAAUAGAAUUCCUUAAAGAAUUAAAAUGCGGGAAGGUGUGCACCAAGUCAUACAUUGGAGGCGAUCCCGAGAGCGACCGUCGUUUAAUGGGUCUGAAGAAGGGCAUAAGUCUAAACUAUCAGCAUCAUUGGAUAGUUGAUAAUAUGCCGGUAACGUGGUGUUAUCAACUUGAGAACAAUAACCAAUAUUGCAGCACUCGAUUCCCGAUGGGUUGCUUUGUUCGCAGCUCUCCCGAUGGAGAAGAGAAUUGUCCGAUUAAUCCAGCCUAUAAUAAGCGUGGUGUUUACUAUCCCUUUAAUCAUGUUGAGCUGACCAUAACAUAUCAUAGUGCAGCAAGUGAAGAAUGGGGUGUAGGCUUACAUAACAAAGGGGGCCGUAUUAUAUCAACGAAGGUUUUUCCAUUUUCGAUAAAUCAUAGAAAUCCCGACCAGCUAGACUGUGAAUCUCGUGAUUCACCUAUUGAAAUUCCUGCUAGUAAUUUACCACCAGGAGAGAAAUUGAACAUCACAUACACAUACACCGUUCGUUUCCUUGAGGAUAAUAAAAUAAAAUGGUCGUCUCGUUGGGAUUAUAUUUUAGAAUCAAUGCCGCAUACAAACAUUCAAUGGUUCAGUAUUUUGAACUCUUUGGUGAUCGUUCUUUUCCUUUCGGGUAUGGUUGCGAUGAUCAUGCUUCGAACACUCCAUAAGGACAUUGCACGUUAUAACCAAAUGGAAUGCGGAGAAGAUGCUCAGGAAGAGUUCGGCUGGAAAUUAGUACACGGAGAUGUAUUCCGUCCACCUCGUAAAGGAAUGUUACUUUCAGUUCUGUUGGGAUCAGGAGUUCAAGUAUUUUGCAUGACAUUGGUGACAUUAGCAUUUGCUUGCCUUGGAUUUCUGUCACCAGCAAAUCGUGGUGCCUUAAUGACAUGCGCCAUGGUCUUAUAUGUUCUUCUAGGAACUCCAGCCGGGUAUGUGUCGGCUCGAAUUUAUAAAAGCUUUGGUGGCAUCAAAUGGAAAAGUAAUGUAAUUUUGACUUCGAUGCUCAGUCCAGGGGUGGUGUUUGGAUUAUUCUUUGUGAUGAAUUUGAUUCUUUGGAGUAAAGGAAGUUCAGGAGCAGUGCCAUUCAGUACUUUAGUGGCUUUGUUGGCUUUGUGGUUUGGUGUUUCAGUUCCACUUACGUUUGUUGGAGCUUAUUUCGGAUUUAGAAAACGGGCUUUCGAGCACCCGGUUCGAACAAACCAAAUACCUCGCCAAAUACCCGACCAGUCGAUCUAUACGCAGCCAAUUCCAGGCAUUGUAAUGGGAGGCGUCCUUCCGUUCGGUUGCAUAUUCAUCCAACUUUUCUUCAUUCUGAACUCGAUUUGGUCAAGCCAAAUGUAUUACAUGUUCGGUUUCCUUUUCUUGGUUUUCCUAAUUCUUGUUAUAACUUGUUCUGAAACAACAAUUUUACUUUGCUAUUUCCAUCUGUGCGCUGAAGACUACCACUGGUGGUGGCGGUCAUUCUUGACAUCAGGAUUUACUGCCGUUUAUUUGUUCAUUUACUGCUGUCACUACUUCGUGACGAAACUAUCAAUAGAAGAUGCAGCUUCAACAUUUUUGUAUUUCGGAUAUACGGCAAUAAUGGUAUUCUUAUUUUUCCUUCUAACCGGAGCCAUAGGAUUCUUUGCAUGUUUCUGGUUCAUUCGAAAAAUAUACAGUGUAGUGAAAGUUGAUUAAGUACUAAUGAAUUUUAUUACGCGCACAUGAUAACGAAAUGAAUGUUUUUAUGUUCAAAAUCUGGGAUAAAGUGAGAAGAAGAAAAUAUGAAGCAGACUUCAUAAAUGUCGGGGGCGAUCUUGUUGAAUAAAAUUUAAAACGUGAUUAAAAAUAACAUUGAGGAAAACUAAAUCGUAUCGAGAUCAGAUCACAACAUAUAAAUAUUAAUUUAUCAGUGUACAUUUAAUGGAUAGAGUCAAUAAUUACCUAGAAUUUAUUAAUUUUUACAUAAUUAUAAAUAAUGAUGAUUGUGUUAGCAUUAUUAUUUCUUAAGAAUAUGAGAGACUAAGAUGGUAUGUCCUGAUAUGAAAAUGUUUAUUUCUUGUCUUAUUAUUUAUGACAAUCUAAUAAAUUAUAUUGCUUAAGAAAGGA